AUGUCAGUGUUAAACGAAGAAUCGAGGAAGAGUGGUGAUUCGACAGCGAUGCCUAAUAUUAAAGUGUUCAGCGGUACCAGUCAUCAUGACCUCACCCAAAGAAUUGUCGAUUUUUUGGGAAUCGAAUUAGGUAGAGUAGAAACGAAGAAGUUCAGCAACUUGGAAACAUGCGUCGAGAUAAACGAAUCGGUUCGAGGCGAAGACGUCUACAUAGUGCAAUCCGGCUGCGGCAACGUCAACGACAACCUCAUGGAGCUGCUCAUCAUGAUCCACGCCUGCAAGAUAGCAUCGGCCAGUAGAGUCACGGCGGUGAUACCAUGCUUUCCCUACUCCAGACAGGACAAGAAAGACAAGAGCAGAGCGCCCAUUUCGGCCAAACUCAUCGCCAACAUGAUCACCGUCGCGGGAGCCGAUCAAAUCAUCACCAUGGACCUGCACGCGUCCCAGAUACAGGGAUUCUUCGACAUACCCGUCGAUAAUUUGUACGCCGAACCGGCCGUUUUGGAUUGGAUCAAGCAGAACAUACCGGAUUGGAAAAACUCGAUCAUCGUAUCGCCGGACGCGGGAGGCGUGAAAAGAGUCACAUCCAUCGCCGACAAGCUCAACGCAGAAUUCGCUCUGAUCCACAAGGAGAGGAAGCGAGCCAACGAGGUUUCCUCGAUGGUGCUGGUAGGAGACGUUAAAGACCGAGUCGCUAUUCUUAUCGACGAUAUGGCUGAUACUUGCGGGACGAUUUGCCACGCGGCCGAUAAGCUGGUGAUAGCCGGUGCCUGCAAGGUUUACGCGAUUUUGACGCACGGAAUCCUCUCCGGUCCGGCGCUGUCUAGGAUAGAGGAAGCUCCUUUCGAGGCAGUAGUGGUGACAAACACCACGCCCCAGGAGGGAAACAUGACCAAAUGUUCGAAACUGAAGUGCAUCGACGUGUCGAGGAUAUUUGGAGAGGCGGUGAGACGCACCCAUAACGGGGAAUCCGUGUCCUACUUGUUUUGCAACGUCCCUUAUUGA